AAAGACUCUGAAAAUGAACACACCCCUACAACAAUUUACAGCCUCUGCGAUACUGAAAUACCUUCAAAUACGUUGUAAAACUUCAAACGUGCCUAAACUGAUUCCAAGUAAAACCAUCAAAUUAGCGAGUUUGUUCAUGACAACUAUCAAAGACCGAUAGACCGCCUCUGUCGUUGCACUUUACGACUCUCCUUGUUCACGGCAGCAGCUGCAGCCGAAUCUUCCCCGAGCUCCAUCAGUUUUGUUUAACACCAGUUCAGCUGCAACGUCUAAAGAGCCACUCAAUCACUGGAAUAUUGCCAGUCUUCGAAAGUGCACAUCACAGUGGUGUUGCGUGAGGCCAGACAUCACAGUGACGCCAAAGUGACGUCGCCAUGCAGGCUGAGGCGGCGGAGAAGAGGCGCUCGAGUGACACGUGCGCCGGCCGGCCGGUGGUGCGGUUCCGCUGCAGCUUCGGCCACGUAAUGAUGGACGUGUUCCGGUCUCGCGGCUGGAAGGAGGUCGGCCCCGAGGACCAGGACUGGGACGUCAACUGGUGUGACGUCAGUCAGUUGAAGGAGCAGUACGACCACACCUUCCUGCAGGACCACCAGCGCAUCUCGCACUUCCGCAACCACUACGAGCUCAGCAGGAAGAACAUGCUGAUGAAGAACCUGCGCCGGCUGAAGCGGCACAUGGAGAAGAGCGGCAGUCGCGAGGAGGCGGAGCGCUGCGUCAUCUGUCCGACCUCGUUUGAGCUGCCCAGCGAGUACCACAUGUUUGUGGAGGAGUUUCGGCACAGUCCGCGCGCCAUCUGGAUCAUGAAGCCGGCGGGCAAGAGCCAGGGCCGCGGCAUCUUCCUCACGCAGCGACUGAAGGAUGUCACCGAGUGGAAGAUCAAGGACAAACAGUUCACGCCCAGCUUCCUGGCUGGCGACAAAGACGCUGCUCUGGGCCCCGAGACGUACGUCGUACAGCGCUACAUCGCCAACCCCUACCUGAUCGGCGGCCGCAAGUUCGACCUGCGCCUGUACGCUCUGGUCUCUUCCUUCACGCCGCUCAAGGUGUGGCUGUACCGCGAGGGGUUCGCCAGGUUCAGCUCCGCCGAGUUCACCACGUCCCAGAUCGAGGACAACUGCAUCCACCUGACCAACGUGGCCAUCCAGAAGCACGCGCUCGACUACGACCCGGAGCGCGGCAGCAAGUGGAGCAUGCGCCGGCUGCGGCGAUUCCUGCGCGCGCGACACGGUGACGCGGUGGUCGACACGCUGAUCGCCAAUAUCAACAACGUGUUCAUCAAGGCGCUGCAGAGCGUCCAGAAGAUCAUGAUCAACGACAAACACUGCUUUGAGCUGUACGGCUUCGACAUCCUGAUUGACAGCGACCUGCGCCCGUGGUUGAUCGAGGUCAACUCCAGUCCCUCGCUGGCCACCACCGGCCAGGAGGACUACCGGCUCAAGUUCGCGCUGCUCGACGACACGCUGCACGUGGUGGAUGUGGAAGGCCGGCUGACGGGCCGCGAGCUGCGAGUCGGCGGCUACGACCUGCUCUGGAACGACGGGCCCGUGCUGCCGGCGUGCAGCGCUCGCAGCUGCCACAGCUCCGGUGGCGGCGAGCAGCGCUCCGGCUUCCUGGGAUGCCACAACGACCGAGAGCAGCAGCUGAUGGAGGUGCUGCAGAGCAGGGGCGGCAAGGGGCGCGGCCGCACCGCGCGGCCAUCCACCUCCGUCCAGCACAUCUGUCAGUGAGGGACAGUGGCGAACGGUACUCGUACAUCUAUCAGCGAGCGCAAACCACUUCAGAUGUGACAUCAGUACGACCUACUGCGCAGCACAUCUGCCAUGCGUCAGCGUUCUCAGUCUUGGCGCAUCUGUUACUACAGGGUGUUUCACAAUAAAUGUUACUUUUGAAUAGCUUAAAUGAAGAUCUUACUUGUUCGUAAGCGCGUAAAUUUUAUAUGCAUUUUGCUGCAAAUUUGUAGCGGUUUUUAGUCCUUACAUUUUUUUUACAAACCGUCAACGGUUCCAUCUGUAUGGACGUGCAAUGCCAACACCGUCAAAACGGGUCAAUUCGCCGUGUACAGAUGAUGAGGCGGUAUGGGUGCGUCAUGCAUUACGGCGCUUUGCGGAGUCUGACCGCAGUGCGACGGAGUUUCAGUAGCCAUUUAAAAGGAGGAAGGAUAUUCCGUCAAAAAAUGUCUUUCAAACGGGUAGUAGAAAGGUUCCAGAAGACACGAGACCAGCCCCGACUCCUGGCCGGACGGCGAUCCCAGAGAAUCUGGUUGAAAAAGUCAGACGGAAGGGUGGCAUAGUGGAGAACCCGUGAAGGGUGCUGAACUGAAAGUUAUAUGUUCAUCAGUCCUACUGUUCUGCUGUCUCAUGUGGUAAUACUCAUGAGCCGUAUUGUAAUACGUCACUGAAACAUCGUCGUUUGAAAAGCAACAUUCAUUGUGAAGGACCCUGAAGCUUAACAGCGAAUUGACCCUUUUUGAUGGCGUGGAUAUUGCACGUACAUAAAGAAUGCAGUUGAUGAUUCGUCAUAGUUUUUGUAAGGAUAAGAAACCCGAAAGAAUUUGCAACAAAAUGAAUAUGGAAUUUAUGGGCAUACGAAUAACUGAGGUCAUUUUAAAAGCUUAUCAAAAGUAACGUUUAUUGUGAAACACCCUGUAGAUAAACACACCCUGCGUCAGUAAUUGACCAGACAUCGCACAUCAAGACAACACAUUAUUGUGGCCGUUUGCUCUGGCACCCAGCUGCCGCUGAUGUUUCUGCCGGUAGAACUUGUGUUUUGCACACGUGAAAAGUGAUUGUACAACAUUGUUGCUAUCUAAUCGCUAACAAACUCUUAAUUU